AUGGCUCGAAACAGAAGAGAUGCUGACGUGAAGCCAUUGGCGGAGAUUGGUUUCACGGACAGCGUUAUAAAUGGGCCGGUGAUAAUUACAAAACGCAGAGUUCUAUGCUCGACACGCAAAUACUCCUAUAGUCUGCCGAUGUUUACUCUCAGAGCGUUAUCACUCGAUAAGUUAGAUCACAAGCCGCCUGCAAACAUUCUUAUCAUGCUAACAUUCUUACUGAAGUCAUUGAGGCACUACGCAGACUCCACCACGGGGAAGCGAGACAUAGUCGGCAAACUGGAGGAUUUACAGACUUUCGAUGGUACAGAAGGGUCUGCGGUCAACGAUACUGUUCAAAGGGUCAAUUGCGAGUUUAAGAACCAUGACUUGCCCACGAAUUACUGCGAAGCGUACUAUGAUGGCCUGCUCUGCUGGGACCCCACGCCGGAGAAUACGUUUGCGGUGCAGAAGUGUUUCAGUUUCUUCCAAGGAGUCCAUUAUGAUGAUACACAGAACGCGUCCCGGCAUUGCCUGGAGGGCGGCGAGUGGUUCAACCACACGGACUACGCGAACUGCACGGAGCUGCCCAACAACGUGUCUCCCACUGACGUCACCAGCCUCAUCUACUUGGCCGGCUACCUGCUCAGCCUGGCAGCACUGUCGCUCGCUGUCUUCGUCUUCUUAUAUUUUAAGGAUCUCCGAUGUCUAAGGAACACAAUACAUACAAAUCUUAUGACAACAUAUAUAUUAUCAGCAUGCAGUUGGAUUUUAAAUUUAGCUUUACAAAAUUGGUCAGAUGAAGCCCAGCAAGAUCAGACAUCGUGUAUGAUACUAGUAAUAUGCAUGCACUAUUUUUAUCUCACGAACUUCUUCUGGAUGUUAGUCGAGGGUCUUUAUCUUUACAUGUUAGUUGUAGAAACUUUCACGGCUGAAAACAUUAAGUUAAAAGUUUAUACCACGAUCGGAUGGGGAGCCCCAGCAGUGUUCAUCACGAUAUGGACCAUAUCGAGAUGUUUCGUGACCAUCGUGCCGUCUACAGGACCUGAUGGAUUGGCACUAUCAAGUGAGACAAAGAUGUGCACUUGGAUGCAUGAGCACCAGGUAGACUGGAUCCACAAGGCGCCAGCCCUGGCCGGCUUGGCGCUUAACUUGUUCUUCCUCAUCAGGAUAAUGUGGGUUCUAAUAACAAAGUUGCGAGAAGCGAACACGCUUGAAACCGAGCAGUACAGAAAGGCCACAAAGGCGCUUCUGGUCCUAAUCCCACUGCUGGGCAUCACCAACCUGCUGGUGCUGUGCGGGCCGAGCGACGAGUCGUGGUUCGCGCACGCUUUCGACUACGCUCGGGCUUUGAUGCUGUCUACACAGGGUUUCACAGUAGCGUUGUUCUACUGCUUCAUGAACACGGAGGUGCGGCAUGCCAUCAUGUACCACGUGGAGCGAUGGAAGACGGGCAGGACGAUCGGCGGGGGGCGGCGGAGAGGCGCCUCCUACUCCAAAGACUGGUCUCCUAGGUCCAGGACUGAGAGCAUUCGAUUGUACAACCACCCGUCCAAGAGGGAGUCAGCCGCCUCGGAGACCACCACCACUACCCUGCUGGUGCCGCGGACCUCGCUAGCACUCCACUACGAUGGCAGACAUCUGCACGCUGAUUACUUAACCAGCGGGAGCGCAAGCGGGGACCAGUCGCCUGUGUGAGGUGGAGGGCGGGGGAGGCUAUCGCGCCUGCGCACCUUGCCUGAAGAGGACGCCCCUCCUGACGCGUCCUCCGCCUCUCCCGCCUGCCCUUCAACUGCAGCAAACUAUCAUAACUCCACUUAUAUACCGACGGUCUCAUCCCCACUUACUGUCACUUGCCAAGCAUUCAACAGUGAUCUAAAAUCCAACGGCUUUUCUUUACAAAACGAAACGAACUCUGGAAACUAGUUAUAAUCAUAGAAUCACUGACUGAUUUUAGAAUAUAGAAUUUAUGUGGUUUACGUAAUAUUCGUUGAUAACUUCGAAAAUAAAAUAUAUUAAUUACGUUAUUAAGAUUCCUUUAAUAUUUAAGCUAAGUAAUCAAAUUAGAUCUGAUGUAAUAUGCCUGUUAUAUAAAUGUAAAUUAAAUACUUUGAAAUAUUUGCCGCGGGCUGAAACAUUCCGACCUUUUAACUGUUACCGAAAUCCCUGACAGGAUUGUAACGCAGCUCCGGGCAGAAAUGUAUUCUUUUUGUGGUAUAGGUACUUUAAUGGAUCUCUUUGGUUAAAGUCGAAAUAAAAAUAAAAAGGUACAACAUCAAUUAAAUUUUCCUUUUAUCACAACCCACUUUUAAAUGGAGUCUUUCAUUUUGUUAAUUUGGAAUUUGACAGUUUGCUGUCAAUCAUUACUAAAUGUAGGUGUAAUUUACAUAGCUUUCUAACAAACAAAAAGCGAGAUUCGAAAAUUUAAGGCAAAAUUUAAGAAAGAGAGAUAAUAUAUACUUUGUACUCUAGUCUUUGAAUAUUUGUAACCAAAAUAAACUAUAAAGUUCCUUGACACUUCGCUAGAACUAUAUAUGUAUGUAUAUACCCAUGGCUAUCAUAUAAAUUAUAAACUCACAAUAAAUAUAUGAAAUGGCUUUUACGUAAGAACAAUUUUGUUUAAAUGUGACUAACGUAGUGAAAUGCCAAAAAUAGUUACCUAUUAAUGUAGAUGUAAGUUAUGUUGUGAUACAGCCAAAUACGUUUUUAAUUUACUUUGUCGUAUUCGGAAUUGUAAACACCAGACAAAUUUACUAUGAGUAGGUUUGUACAGCGUAAAAGAGUUAAAAUUUAUUGUUUAUUUUUUUUUUAAUAAGUUAUGCUAUUGUUUUUUGCUUUUAACAUCAAAUGUGUAUAUUGGCUGGACACAAUAUAAGCUCUAUAUAAAUAAUUGAAUAAAAAUGAAUUGGGAAACAAAGCGCUACUUGUAUAUUUAAUAAUUGUAGCAUAUCUAAUGUAAAUUGUUAUAUGUUCUAGAUACUUUAUAGAAGACGGCUACAUUGAAAAAGUUUUAUUGAAAAUUACGAGAGUAAACGUAUUAAAUCUUAUUCCGCUCAUCGAAUUGGCGGCAGAUCUCUUUGAUAUGGCGUCAUGAUAAAUAAUCUAUACCGUGGUAUGUUUGUAGACUGUAUUCGAUGAUAGCAGGUUGGCAAUGUAUACAGGCUAUUUUGUAUACUUUGUCAAGUUGUCCAACCUGAACGAAUGCCUUCACACGUGAUACGUUCUUGACGUUGCGUCACCAGACACAAUACGUUAUGUCCGAUGGACGUUCACAUGGAAUACGACAGCGUGUUCUUUUUCCACGAUUCGGAUCCGUCGUAAUCAAAAAACAUUAACGAUUCGUGAUUUCUAAAACACGUAUCCAUCUAUUUUCAUGGUUCGUAAAGCGUGUGAACAUGAGUAUUCAAAAGAAUUGCUCGUGGAAAAAAAUAAUGCAUCGUGAAAAAUGGUUCGCAAAAAUAACGAUUAGUUUUCGUGUGAACGAGCUGUAAGGAAAAUAAAAAAUGCAAAAGUAAACAUCAAACGAAGACCUUUAAGCUUCAUUAGACAAUGCAAGCGUAGUGCAAUUUCAAAUUUUGCGUAAAUAUGUAUUAGAUAAAUUUCAUAAAUUAAAAAAGCUUUAUAUCAAUGUAAAUUUCUGAUUGAUUAUAUUUAAUAAUGUAUAUAAAUCGUUAAGUACCUAUAAUGUUAUAAUUCAUAUAAGUAUAUUGAAAAAUGUAUUUCUAAUAGAAAUAUCUACUAAAAUGUUGUGGCUAUACGUAAACUGUACCUAUCGUGAUUUACUUUGCUUAGACUACAUUUGUAAAUUUUCCAAAAUACGAAAGGUAUUCAAAAAAGGUUAUGAAUAAAUUUUGUGACUGUC